AUGGCAGCGACACUGCAGCCGGGCUCGUCGCUCGUCGGGCUCGCGUCGGGCUACUGCCUCUACUCCUCCUCCACCUUCUUCGCCCUCACGCUCGGUGCCGGCGUGCAGAUCUUCACGCUUGACCCGCACAUCGGCGAGUGUGUACUGACGCAACCGAACGUGGCGGACCUGCAGGACGGCAACGGAGAGAGCGGCGAGCGCUACACCGCGAGGUACAUUGGGUCGGUGGUUGGCGACGUGCACCGGACGCUGCUCUACGGAGGCAUCUUUGGCUACCCCGCAGACUCAAAGAAUGCAAACGGCAAGCUUCGCCUGCUGUACGAGGCGGCGCCGAUGGCAUUCCUGGAACCUUCCUGCAGGCGGAGCGUGCACCAGCGGGUGCCUGUGCUGCUCGGCUCUCCGGACGACGUGCGCGAGAUGAGGAAGUACUACGACGCUUUCACGGGCUCGAAGGAGAUGGAGGGGGGGGAGGCGCGCCGCAUUCGCGAGCGCUGCUUCACGCGGCUGACGCCGGGCCAGCUGCUCGACACCACAAUUGACAAGGUGCCCGACUCGGUGGCCAUUGACUCGACGGGCGACGGCACCGUCGACUCGGUGGUGCCGAUCGGCGAGGCCCCUCCCGGUUCGCUGCCGGACGACGUGGAGGUGUGAGACCAAUUCCCUGUCGGGCGGCCGGAGGGGGGGCCGCGCGGGUCCCAACGAGCGAGCCGGAUUGUGCACACUGAUCACUGUGUACGCGCGCGUGCAUCGUGGAGAGUGGCCGCGCCUGUUUGAAUCUACAACAAGUAUGUAGUACAC